AGUGUGACGUCACGACAAACCCUGAACCGCUGAAGUGAAAAUAGGAAGGAGUCCCAGCGACCAGACUAGGCGUUUCACCUGGUUGAAAAUACAGAGGAAAACGCUGUAGUUUCGCCGUGAACCGAACCGAACCGGGUUUUCCAGCCACCGGGUCCUCCAUCCAACGAGCCACCAUGACGGCAGCGGUGUUUUUCGGCUGCACAUUCAUCGCCUUCGGCCCUGCCAUCUCCCUGUUCCUGUUUACCAUCGCCCGGGAGCCGCUGAGAGUCAUUUUCCUCAUAGCGGGAGCAUUUUUCUGGCUGGUGUCGCUGCUGCUGGCCUCCCUGGUGUGGUUCAUCUCAGUUCAGAUCAGUAAUAAGGAGAGUACGUCGCAGCAGAAGGGUCUGCUCAUCUUUGGUGUCGUGCUGUCGGUCCUGCUGCAGGAAACGUUCCGCUUUGCCUACUACAAACUGCUGAAGAAAGCAAAUGAAGGUCUCCUUGCUCUGAGUCAAGAGGAAACUAUGCCAAUAUCCAUACAACAGCUUGCCUAUGUGAGUGGCCUCGGCUUCGGCUUCAUGAGCGGUGCGUUCUCUGUGGUCAACAUCCUGGCUGAUUCUGUGGGGCCCGGGACUGUGGGCAUCCACGGUGACUCUCAGCACUACUUCCUGUCCUCAGCCUUCAUGACUAUGGCCAUCAUCCUGCUUCACAUGUUCUGGGGCGUCAUCUUCUUCGAUGGAUGUGAGAAGCAGCGCUGGUUUGUGGUAGCUGCAGUCGUCGUCAGUCACCUGGUGGUGUCCUGCUUGACCUUCCAGAACCCACAGUACGUCUCCAGCCUGGUCCCCACCUACAUCAUCAUGUUGUCGAUGGGGAUUUGGGCGUUUUACACCGCUGGAGGCUCCCUCAGGAACCUCAAGCUCUGCCUCACCUGCAAGGACAAGGACUUCCUGCUGGCCAACCACCGGCCCAGAUAACGCCGCGAGCUCAGGAGUUUACGGGACUCAAUCCAAUGAUCUCAACAUUCAAACACACACACACUGAACCUUUUUUUAUUUGCUGUUUCACGUGGGAGCCCAUUUGCCGUGCUUAUUAGUCUUUUUAAAAAUGAGGUUUCUGGAGAAACAAAGGUGAGUCGU